UUGGUGACAUUAUGUGCCGCCUUUUUCAGUUUUGUGGAAAGGAUUACACUAAUAUUGGAAUUUUUAUUUUUUACGCCACAUUAGUGGCUACACUGUUUCGGCGCCAACGCUUCAUCAGAUUCUGUCGGAUGUCAACAAUUUUUUCGUUUCUGCUGAUUACUGGUGCGUUUUCCCACAUUUUGUGCGUUAAUCGACUUGUCUUGUUGUUAUCAUUUGCUGUCUUCCCCUUUAUUCGAACUUUAAGUGUCUCAAAAAACAGUUUUUAUCAAAACUACAGAUCAUUGUCGAAUAAUCUCAGGUUAAGAAUUAGGAUGGGUUAUUCUUUAGAGCAAAACACCUUCAUAGUGAUGUCCUAUUACCGUAAUGGGGUGUUAAAUGAGUAUGGAGACUGGGUGUACUCUGUGGAUGCCUGUAAAGACGAGUAUCUGGUGAAAUAUCCUGUUGUCAUCGAGGAAGAAUCUUUGAAGACACACAUACGGCGAAUAGUGGCAAGAUUUAACGACACUGGUAGCGUCUGUAAGGGAAAACCGACGGGGAGACCUGAAGUUAGUGAAGACGUUGUUGACGAUUUAAGGACGAGAAUGGAGCAAAGUCCGAAGAAAUCUUUGUCAAAACUGUCUUUACAGUCCGGAGUACCAUACAGCACGUGCCAGAAAGUCGUAAAAAAGAAGUUACAUAUGCAUCCAUAUAAGAUUUCGUUGGUUCAGGAGCUGCAACCAGCAGAUUUUCCUCGCCGCGUCCAGUAUUGUCAUUGGUUUCAAGCUAAUUUGGACGAUAACAGGAUUCUUGAUUUGUCGUUCUUUUCUGAUGAAGCCUGGUUUCAUCUGUCUGGCUAUGUCAACUCACAGAACUUCAGAAUUUGGAGUACAGAAAAUCCUCACGCUUUUGAAGAAACACCAUUACACGCAAUGAAGGUCGGUGUGUGGUUAGCUGUUUCCAGACGACGAUUCAUAGGCCCGAUAUUUUUUCAAGACACAAUUAAUGCGGCGAGAUACAGGGAGCAAAUUUUGGAUGUAUUUGUGAAUCAGUUAUUGCCUGAAGAAUUAGAGUCUGGUUAUUUUCAGCAAGAUGGUGCUACAGCUCAUACGACAAGAGAAAAUUUAAGAUAUUUGGAAGAAUUUUAUGAUGACCGCAUAAUAAGUUUAAGAGCCAAUCCAGAGUGGCCCCCCCGAUCUCCUGACUUGACUCCACUUGAUUUUUCAGUGUUUGGAUGGAUGAAAGACAGCAUUUAUAAGAACAGAAUCCACACAUUGGAAGAAUUAAUGGAUAAAAUUACACGUUUUUGUAAUGAAAAUCUCAAUGAAGAAGUAUUGCAGGACAUUUUUGAAAAUAAAAAAAGAAGAGUGGCUUUGUGUUUGCGGGAAAAUGGACAACAUUUUCAACAUCUUUUAUAAACUACAUUGUAGUGGCCUACUUUGUAUUUAAAUUUAAAGAAAAGCGCGCCCAACCGACGACGGCGACGAAGACGCUGUGUAAGCAAGAAGGUGUGGAGAUUGUGGCGUGGACGGCGCGAAGAGCCGGUGGCGGCAGUUAGUUUUUUAACACCCAUCAGACAAGAGGUUGUAUUUACAAUUGUGUACAGAGCGCUUUCUGUCUGUGUUUUAUUGUUUCAGUUUAUUCAUUGUGUUUUCACCCCGACUGUCACCUGGACUUUUCCCCCUUGUCGUUGGGGCCGCCAACCACCGCUGCCGUCUUCCGUGGGGCUGAGAAUCGCUUCUUCGCUCGCGGAGGGAGGAACGUUUGGGGCGGUAAGAACGCUGGGCGUUUUCCGUUUCAUUCACAUUUUAACGAAUUAAUUCUCGAUUGGGUAAAAGUCCUUGACAAAUGUGGCGUACUUAAACUUUGUUGCAAUAUCCACAAUUUUAGUUUGGGUUUGAUAGUUCUUCAAGUUUCAAAGAUAUUAAAACUAAAAUUUGUCUAAUCAGAAAAUGUUCGGGGUUGUUUGGCGAGAGCGGGGAGCGGCCCAAAUUCAAAUUGAUGAUUUUUCUUUCAUUCGUAUGACUGUUUUUCUCGCAAUACCGAAUGCCGCCAACACGGGAUAUGCGAAGGGUGUCUUGCUGGUAAAGGAAACUUUAGUGGUGGGAGCCAGUGUCGUGUGUCCCGCGGUGGAUGGAGUAAAGUUACGGGAUAAUACUUGCCGCCGCUGCCUCGGGCGCCGGCGAACACAGGAUGGAGAUAGCGUGACGUUUGGGGUGGCACAGUGGCUUGGUUGUACGUAGCUGGUUAGAGCGAAAAGACGGUCAAAAGACAAGGUCUAGAACCGCUAGCGCUACACACCCCCUGUUUCUAAAUUUAUUGAAUUAAAUUAUGUUUCUGUUAUCUGCUGACUGAAAAGAUAAGAAUUUCUAACACGCCACUAUGACAACUGUGGCAUUGCCAUCCAAUUACUUUAGCUAGAGCUUUCGCGAACUGUUUUUUUUUUCAUUGUAUGUCACUGCUAGGAUUUUGAAAAUAUUAUAACUAAAUUUAUAAUUGUUUUCAUAAAAGAUGGAGCGGUUUUGCAGCUGGGAAAAUAUGCUCAUCAAGUUUAUUUCACAGCUUUUGUCCUCUCUUUUAAGAGGAACCAACUUUCAGCCAAUUGUUUUGUUAUAUGUGUAAACUUAAAUAUUCUAUUUCAGUUCAAAUCUCUUUUUACCAAAAUUGAAUAAAAGAUGUUCCCUUUCA